AUGAGUGGAGCAAUGUUGUAUGGAGGAGAUGAAAUUGGAGCUUUAGUCUUUGAUAUUGGUCAUCAUUCGUUAAGAGUUGGUUAUGCUCAAGAAGAUACUCCCAAAGCUGAAAUACCUGCUCAAAUAGGCAUUGGAGAGGGUAUAACACCAACAAAGGGAGAAAGUCUCGAUGCAGAAGAGAAAAAAUCUAAUUCUUCUAGUGUCACUCCUCGUAAACCAAAGUAUUACAUAGACACAACUUAUUUAAAUGUUCCGAGAAAGAAUGUCGAUGUGACCACAUAUAUGAAAGAUGGAAUGAUCGAGGAUUGGGAUUUAUUUGAAAAAGUUUUAGAUUACACAUAUAGCAAAGUUAUUUAUUCAGAAUCUGAAUUUCAUCCUGUUCUUAUGUCAGAAGCUCCCUGGAAUCUUAGAAACAAAAGAGAAAAACUUAUGGAACUCAUGUUUGAAAAAUACAAUGUUCCCGCUUUUUUUCUCGUUAAAAAUGCUGUUUUGGCUGCUUUCGCUAAUGGUAGAUCGACAGCCAUUGUUGUAGACAGUGGUGCCACUCACACAUCAGCAGUACCUGUUCAAGAUGGUUUUGUUUUGUCUCAAGCAAUAGUUAAAUCUCCUUUAGGUGGAGAUUAUAUAACUAUGCAGUGCAAACAAUACUUUACGGAAAAUGACAUUGAAGUAAUUCCUCCUUACAUGAUUGGCAGUAAAGAAGUUGUUAAAGACAAGGAAAAACCUAAAUGGGUGAAAAAAAGUAAUUUGCCUGAAGUAAGAUCAUCUUGGCACAAUUACAUGACAAAAAGAGUCGUUCAAGAUUUUCAAAUGAGUGUUUUACAAGUGGCUGAAAAUCCAUAUGACGAAAAACAAGUUUCCACCAUUCCAGCUGUUCAUUACGAAUUUCCAAACGGUUAUCAUCAAGAUUUUAGCUGCGAAAGGUUUAAAAUACCUGAGGCGUUAUUUGAUCCCAGCAUGGUUCAAAUGAAAGGAAUGGUUGGCAACACAAUGUUAGGAGUAGCACAUAUUGUGACGACAAGUGUUGGAAUGUGUGAUGUUGAUGUUCGACCAGCAUUAUAUUCAAAUGUUGUUGUUACUGGAGGCAAUUCAUUUCUUCAGGGUUUUCCAGAACGUUUGAACAGAGAUCUCAGUGUUAGAAUACCAACGUCAAUGAGAUUAAAAAUGAUUGCAUGCGGAGGAGCCGCCGAAAGACGUUUUGGAGCGUGGAUAGGAGGUUCAAUAUUGGCCUCUAUCGGUACCUUUCAACAAAUGUGGAUUUCCGCUCAAGAGUAUGAAGAAGGGGGUAAAGUUCAAGUUGAAAGAAAAUGCCCAUAA